AUGGUCCACCGCUCGACAGACUCCCGGUUGCUUACUGCCCUCAUUUCAUCGGAGAAGGAUUAUUGCAAAUCUCUCGAAGCCGCCCUUUCCUCAGGACAUGCAUCCCUCGCGUCGUUCAGCGCAUAUGCAGCUGCAUCCCCUCCCCACAUAUCGACAACCAUACUCUCGGUCGCCAAUGUGUUCAUAGGAGCGCAAGACGCGCUGAAGCACUAUGCACACGCGGUGGAGGAAUGGAAGGACCUGCUCACGCAGUUGAAGGGUCUCGAGGACGAUGUCGCGAACACCAUACGCGACAGGGAGAUAUUAAUAACUCGGCUCAUCAAGGUUUCCAAGUCUAGCAGCACUCGCGACUCUAUCCUGUCCAA